UUGACCUCAGGAAAUAGUACCGAACAAAAAAUAAAUGUGAUAGAUGAGAUACGACUCUAUAUUGAUGCCCGAUAUAUAUCAGCAUCAGAGGCUUCUUGGAGAAUCUUUCAUUACAGAUUGCAUGAUGAAAAGCCGGAUAUUCAACGACUCCAAGUACACCUUCCAGAUCAACAGAUGGUAGUAUUCUCGGAUAAUGAACCUCUCCAAGAAGUCUUACAAUUAAACAAUAUUCAUAAAACAAUGUUAACUGAAUGGUUCACAGCAAAUACCAUAUACCCGGAAGCUAGGGAACUAACCUAUAGUGAUUUUUCAACGAAAUGGGUUUGGAAUAAGCAGCGGAGACAAUGGACACCUAGAAAACAUGAUAUCCUUGCACAAGCCCGCCAUGAAGCUCGAGAUUAUACUCUAGAACUAAGUGCCGAAUAUUUGCAAAACAAAGCGCUACAUCAUAUUCAAUCCAUUCUUCGUCAAUAUGGCAAGGAUCUUAGAAGCUUUCCAUGUAUGCCCACUCCAACUAUGCAAUUACCACUAAUUUAUGAAAGUCAUCUUAUCCAAGAAGAACAACGAUAUAAUAUUCUUGCGCUUGCUCAAAAAGUCAAUAAUGACAAAUCACGGCUUAAUCCUGAUCAGCUUUUUGUGUUUAACACCGUUAUGCAGGCUGAAUUCGCUAAUUGGUUACAACAGCUUGGAGAGGGACAUAUACAAACAGUUAAUCAGGAGGAAGAUAUAAUAAGGCUGCCUACGAAUAUUGUCAUAUCAUCUCAGGAUAUCCAAGACCUAAUUGACUUUGUAUAUACUGAUCUUACUGCUCAAUAUAACAACUCUGACUAUCUGGAAAAACAAUAA